AGCUUACAGAAGCGGCAGUAGCAGCAGCAGUAGCAGCGGUGGUACACACACACAUCGUUUGGUCGAAGCAGUUGGUCGAACAGCUGCUGAAAAAAAAAGUUUCAAAUCUCCUUGGCUCUUUUUUCGUAUCGCAAAAAGUCUCAGAAAAAUGUGCGGUUUGUGGGCCCUGUUCGGUUUUGAUACCGAUUCCCUUACCUGCGUUUGCGACAACUUCAGCAAGAUAUCGCAUCGCGGACCCGACGCAUACAAAAUCGAGCACGACAGCCGCAUACCGAACUCCUUCUUGGGCUUCCACCGAUUGUCGAUCGUUGACAGUCUGUGCGGAAUGCAGCCCAUAAGGGUGUACAAGUACCCAUUGCUGUAUCUGCUCUGCAACGGAGAGAUCUACAAUUAUCAGACACUCAAGGAAACCCAUGGAUUUGAAUACUACACCAAAUGUGAUGUUGAAGCACUCAUGCAUCUUUAUGCUACUGAAGGAGCAGAUGGUGUAUGUAAGAAUUUGGAUGGAGUUUUUGGCUUUUGUUUACUGGAUGCUGAAAAGAAAAAAAUCUUGCUUGGAAGAGAUCCCUAUGGAGUGAGACCUUUGUUCAGAGUGUAUACUGAAGAUGGACACUUGGCUGUUGCUUCUGAGAGCAAAGCUAUCGUUAAGAUCUCCAACAUGCUGAAGGGUGAACAUAAAAUGGAACCAUUCCCCCCUGGCACAUAUGAAGAGUAUGAUGUGUUGGAAAAUGGACGUGUUAAAUUUGUGAGAAGACAUCGUUACCAUGAACCUGGACUAAAGCCAACUUUCAAACCUUUCCUUCCAUGGGCUGAAUUGAGUUCUGACAAUGUUCAGGAAAAUAUUAAAAAACUAUUCACGGCUGCUGUUGAAAAACGUUUGAUGGCUGAAAGAAGAAUAGGAUGUUUGUUGUCAGGUGGUUUGGAUUCAAGUUUAGUUUCUGCUCUUCUUGUUAAACUUGCUAAGGAACACAACCUGCCUUACAAAAUUCAAAGCUUUUCUAUUGGUAUGGAAGGCAGUCCCGAUAUAUUAGCAGCUAGACAGGUAGCCGAUCACAUAGGAACUGAACAUCAUGAAGUUAUUAUAACUCAAAAGGACAUUUCAGAUGUACUUGAUGAUGUCAUAUACCAUCUUGAAACAUUUGAUAUAACAACAAUCAGAGCUUCUAUUGGAAUGUACUUGUUGGCAAGAUAUAUUAAGAAAAACACAGAAACUACUGUAAUUUUCAGUGGCGAAGGAGCAGAUGAAUUAUCUCAAGGCUACAUCUAUUUUAGAGAUGCUCCAAGCGCAUAUGAUGCUCAUAACGAAUCAAUAAGAUUGUUAAAAGACAUUUAUUUGUAUGAUGGUCUUCGAGCAGACAGGACAACCAGUGCUUUUAGCUUAGAAUUAAGAGUACCAUUCUUAGACUUGCAAUUCACUAACUAUUAUCUUUCCCUUGAAGCUGCUACAAGACAACCACAAAAUGGUGUUGAAAAGCAUUUGCUUCGAUCAUCAUUUGAUGAUAAGAGUCUAUUGCCAUCAAAUAUUUUGUGGAGGGCUAAAGAAGCGUUCAGUGAUGGUGUGACAUCAGUGAAAAAAUCUCUGUUUGAUAUCAUUAAUGAUAUUGUACAAGAAAGAGUCAAUGACGAGGAUUUAGAAAAAGCUGCUGAAACCUAUCCUCACUGUACGCCAAAAACUAAAGAAGCUUAUUAUUACAGAUCAGUAUUUGAAAAGCAUUAUGGUGGACAUGCUGAGAACCUCAUCCCUUACUUCUGGAUGCCAAAAUGGGUCAAGGGAGUAACAGAUCCAUCAGCUCGAUUCAUCUCUCAUUAUGAAAAUAAAGAAGAAGCAUAAAUAAAUGGAAAAUAGUUUGAAUCAAUUUCGUAGAUACAAUUCAACAUUUUUUUUCAAAAAAGGUUGUAUUAUGAAGAUCUGAGCUACUUGCACCAAGUAAAGCAGUUAUGUUUUUUAUAAAUAUUUGGAUUAUUAUUUGAAUAAAUAAUCAAAAAAAUUAUACAACCUCA